AUGGAUGGUCUCAGUGCCGCCGCGAGCGUUGUAGCCCUUGUUCAAAUCUCGGGACAGAUCUACAAUUUGUGUCAAACGUAUUACUCGGGGGUAAAGAGCGCGAGAGAGGACAUUCGCCGUCUUCGCGACGAGGUGACGUCUCUGCAGGAUGUUUUGAACGGCGUGGCCGACCUGGCUGAUUCUCCUGCUUCAGCCAAACUUGCCGUUCUGGACCUCCUCAAUCAGCCUAAUGGCCUCGUUGAGCAAUGCCGGACAGAGUUGGCAGGUUUGAUUACGAAAUUAGCAGAUGGGCAAGGAGACGGUAAAAUGAAAAAGUUUGGAUUGAGAGCACUGAAAUGGCCCUUUACAAAGAAAGAUGUUGAUGCGACUAUUUCCAUCAUUGAAAGGCAAAAGGCUCUAUUCCAUUUAGCUUUCACGACAGACGUAACGACUCUAACUGUCGCUAUUGAUCAAGGCAUUACACAGCUGAGGCACGACCUCGCAGCCUCACGAGUUGAUGAUCAACGAGAUAAAAUUAUCAAAUGGCUGUCCUGCACCGACCCAUCUUCCAAUCAUUUUGCCGCUUGCAAGAAACACCAGCCAACGACUGGAGAGUGGUUCACAAAAGGGUCCAACAUAAAAGAAUGGAUGGAAACACAGAAUUCACUACUUUGGCUCUACGGGAUACCUAGAGACCCGAUGCUGACUAUCUAUAGCGGGAUGUGGGAAGACUAUCCUGAGAAAUUUGCCGCUUACUAUGGGGCAUUUAGCUCGACGAUUAUUGAGCAAAUGAAGUUACAUUGCGACAAACCGGAUUCUGCUCUUGCAUAUUUUUAUUUCGAUUUCAGUGAUUCUGAGAAGCAGAAAUUAUCAAAUCUUCUGUCCUCCCUGCUAGCACAGCUCUGCAGCAAAGCUGCCUGUCUGCCCGAACAGAUGACAGAGUGGUAUAAGAAAUGUGGCAAUGGUCAGCACAGGGCAUCUGUCAAAGAACUCAGCGAUGCACUAUCGAUAAUGAUGUCAGAGUUUGAUGAUCAAGUGUUUCUUGUCAUCGAUGCCCUGGACGAAUUCGCAAGAAUCGGGGAGAGGGACGAACUGUUGACGCUACUCGAGGAUAUCCAUUCAUGGUCAUUACCCAAAGUACACUUGAUUGUGACUAGUCGACCCGAGCCAGAUAUUGAUGCAGUAUUAAUGCCGCUGAGCAAACCGGAAGCGAUUUCCGUCCAGGGUUCUCAGGUCCAGUCGGACAUCAGUCUUCACAUCAGAAGCCAGCUUGCAGAAGACCCGAAAUUAAAGAAGUGGCCAAACGAAGUAAAGGUGGACAUCGAGAAAGCCCUGAGCGCUCGAGCUGACGGAAUAAAACGUGACGUGUUACUCAAGACUUUGGAUGAUCUUCCAGAGACGUUGGAUGAUACAUACGCACGAAUUCUGUCCCAAAUAGACAAGAAUGAUAAGAUGGAGGCUCGCAGAGCAUUACUGUGGCUAGCGUUCUCAGCAAGGCCCCUCCGUAUCGAAGAACUCGCCGAAGCUGCUGUCGUGGAUCCUGAAUCGGACUCGCCAUUCAGCCCAGAAAAUCGCCUCCUCGAUCCUCACGGUGAUAUCCUCGAGAUUUUGGGCAGUUUAGUUAAUAUUUCCGCGAAACCCGCGCAACGUGGCCUGGAUGACGGUGUUUCAAAUGACAUUUAUUCAGAUGACAUUUAUUCGGACGACAUUUAUUCAGACGAUAUUUAUCCAGACGACAUUUAUCCAAACGACAUUUAUCCAAACGGGAGGGGAGAGGACGGGUACAAUAUCGAAUAUGAACCAGAAUAUAGCUACGAAUACGAACCAACAGAGAUCAAAUUAGCUCAUUUUUCAGUCAGGGAUUACUUGGUCUCUGAGCGAAUUCAGGCUUCAAAGACGGCAGUCUUUAGCGCUACUCCUGUGGAAGGGAACAGUUUCAUCGCCAAAAGCUGCCUCCUAUAUUUUUUUUAUUUUGCGGAGUGGGCCAAAUCCACCGGUUUUGUUUCCGGCGUAAAGUAUAACGAGUUUCCACUUUUUUUUUACGCAUACCGGCUUUGGUAUAAUCACACAAUGUCUAUCCCUGCUAGCAACAGAAUGUCGGUAGAUCUCAUAGCCUUCAAACUACUUGUUUCGGAUACGGCGUCUAUAGGCUUGGGCUUGUUGCGAAUUGGUCCCUCCUUUCCACAUAGGUCACACAGAUCAAGACCGACGGCUCUAUACUUCGCGUCGGGACUUGGUCUCGAAGGGGGAGUGCGUAUGCUGCUAGAAUUGAAAGCAGAUAUCAACGCAACGAAUAAUAGCUCGGGAGAUACAGCGCUUCAAAUUGCAGCUAAGCGAGGACACGAAGGUGUAGUGCGGUUAUUGCUAGAGAAUAAUGCAAACGUCGAGGGCGUCGGAGAUACAGCGCUUCAAAUUGCAGCUAAGCGAGGACACGAAGGUGUAGUGCGGUUAUUGCUGGAGAAUAAUGCAAACGUCGAGGGCGUCGGAGAUACAGCGCUUCCAGUUGCAGCUGAGAGAGGACACGACGGUAUAGUGCGGUUAUUGCUAGAGCAUAAUGCAGAUACCGAGGUAGAGGAUAGAUUUGGACAGACAGCGCUACAACUUGCGGCCAAGAAAGGACACGAAGGUCCAAUGCGGUUAUUGCUAGAGCAUAAUGCAAACGUCGGGGCGAAGGAUGGAGUUGGAUUGACGCUAUUAUAUAGUGCAGCUGCUUCUGGCCACGAAACAGCGGUACGAGUACUACUAGAGCACGGGGCGGGCUCACGUCAACGAGAAGGUUUGCGAUUUGACAGCGCUACACGGAGCAGCUCGCUAUAA